GUCUUUGGGAAACAGUGCCGCGCCUGUCCGCCAGGGGGCAGCAGCUCGCGGUCCGCAGCGCCCGAGGUCAUAGCGCGGCCUUGGCCGAGGCCGUGACCCGGGGCAGGACGCAGCGGGGCGGGCGUCACUGGGCGUCGCGUCGCGUCGCAUUGCGUCGCGGGGGCGUCGCGUCACGGGGCGGGGCGUCGCGGCCGCCAUGGCCGAGCGCGGCCCGGCGCCGCCGGAGCUGGAGAGCCUCCUAGAGUGCGAGGUGUGCUGCGAGCGGUUCGACCCCGGGCCGCGGCGCCCGCGCAACCUGCCGUGCGGCCACGUGCUGUGCCUGGCCUGCGUUGCGGGCCUGACGGAUCCGCGCUCGUCGGCGCUCGCGUGCCCGUUCUGCCGCCGGCCCUGCGGCGCGCGCGACACCAGCGACUGCCGCCCGCUGCGGCGCCUGCUGGAGCUGCUGGGCGCCCCCGGGGCCAGGGGCCGGGCCCUCCCUGCACCUGCUGCCGCCGCCCCUGCCCCCGCCUGCUACCGGGCCAUCGGCGGCUGGGGCACCCUGGUGAACCCCACAGGCCUGGCGGUGUGUCCCCAGACCGGCCGUGUCGUGGUGGUGCACGACGGCCGCACGCGUGUGCAGAUCUUUGAGGCUGGCGGGGGCGCGCGGAUGCUGCAGUUCGGGGCGAAGGGGGACGCGGCACAGGACGUGCGGUACCCGCUGGACGUCGCCGUCACCGCAGACUGCCACGUGGUGGUCACCGACGCCGGCGACCGCUCCGUCAAAGUGUUUGAUUUUUCGGGUCGCGUCAGGCUAGUCUUCGGAGGAGGCCAGUUCUCCCUUCCGUGGGGCGUGGAGACCACUCCUCAGAAUGGGCUCCUGGUCACCGACGCGGAGGCUGGCUCCCUGCACCUGGUGGAAGCCGACUUCCCCGCGGGGGUCCUUCGGCGAAGCGAGAGGUUGCACGUGCGCCUGUGCAGCCCUCGAGGGGUAGCCGUGUCAUUGCUCAGCGGGGCCAUCGCCAUACUGGAACAGCCCUUACCCCCGGGGACUGGGCCCUGCAGCACCAGGGUGAAGGUGUUCAACCCGAGCAUGCAGCUCAUCGGCCAGGUGGAUACCUUUGGGCUGAGCCUCUUCUUUCCUUCCAGGGUAACUGCUUCGGCUGUGACCUUCGAUCAGCAGGGGAACGUGAUUGUGGCUGAUAUGUCGGGUCCAGCCGUGCUCUGCUUAGGAAAACCCGAGGAGUUCCCAGUGCUGAAGCCCUUGGUCACCGAGGGGCUCACCCACCCUGUAGCCCUAGCCUUCACCAAGGAGAACCUGCUGCUUGUGCUGGACGCUGGGUCCCAUUCUGUAAAAGUCUACAGAUUUGACAGGGAGUAGAGUGGGGAGAACCCAGCGGGGUGGAGUCAGAAGGCCUGGUCCUGCCACUAGUGAAUUGUCACUUAACUCCUCCAUCCAGACAGAGAUAAUGGUGUCCACCUGGUAGCAUUACAAAAGUCGGGGCAGUUAUUUAAGAAUUAUAAUUAAAUCCACCAUUUAUUGAAAGUAUUUUCCCCAUCCUAAGAAAUUUUCCAGUGUUUGCUCAUUUGAUUCUUAGUAACAAAUGAAGUAACUGUUUAUGUGUUAUAACCCAUUUUAGAGUUGAAAAACAGAUCUAGAGCGCUUAAGUGACUUUCCCGUGGUCACUGUGACAGUCACAUAAGUAAACCCUAAUGAGUGCAGAGCCACAUGGCUCAGUCCUUAUAGGUGCCAGGCAACUUCAUUCAAUUUCCUGGUCAUCACAUGUAUGUCAGCAGUGCCCGUGGUUGUCUUGAAAAGGGGCCUUUAGAUACAAGGAGCACAAAGGAUAUGAACACAGCUGACAUUUUCAUGAUACUUAUUUUAAAAGGACUUAAUUUGUUUGACCUUUUAAAGCAUCGCUUGAGCUAGACAGGGAAGGUUUUAUUAAGAUGAUUUUCCAAGUAAAGCAGAUAACACAAAUGGGGUGACUCGACCAAGGUGGUAUAACUGAAUCCUGGUGUUUCAGGGUUCAGCAGAGUGGCGACUCUGUGAGCAGCCAGAGUUAAGCAUCACUGCUCUGGAGAAUGACAUAGCCCAGGUGUCCCUUUGUGGUAAACUCACUGCUCAAAGUGGUUCCUGGCAGCCCCAAGUAAUGUGGAGAGGUGAGGGAAAGCUGCCACCUUUCUCAACUAAAUUCAGCUCACAGUGUCCCCCAAUCCUGCCCAUUCUGAGUGUCACGUGAUUUGCAUACCUGGCCUUCAGGUGGGGUGGGAAGAGACCCGUUUAAGGCAGGACACCACUUGAUUGUAGGGGAGGACAGAGUGACGGUUAAAUUCUUCUAUUUCCUUUAAACAAAAUGCCUUUGACUUGCUUGUUCAUUUUCUUUCUUGUGUGUGUGUGUGUGUGUGUGUGUGUGUGUGUGUGGCAGGGGUGGGCCCGGGGAUUGAACUCACAACCUUGUGCUUACCAGGUAAGCAAGCGCUUAAGCUACUGAGUUAAAUCCCCAGCCCAACUGUUUUCUUUUUCUUUUCUUUUUGUCUUUUUUCCUUUUUAUCGGUACCGGGGAUCGAACUCAGGACUGCCUGCUUUCAAGGCAGGCGCUUAUGCCGCUUAUGCCGCUGAGCUAAAUCUUCAGCCCUCUGACUGUUUUCUUAAAGGAAAUGAGCUUGUGCUAUUUUAAAGAAUCAGUGAAUAUGUGUAAUUCUGAAGCUUCCUAGCUCACAGUAGCUAUCUGAUAUUACUUCAGGCUGAUACGUGUACUAAGUUGGUGAGGGACUUGUGAGAGCCAAGUGCCAAAUGAUAGCAACCUAGAGAAUAAGAGACCCCUCUUUCUAGACACCUCGAAGUUCUCUUUUCUUUCUCCCUGUUUCGUACCUAUUGCUUGAUGGUUCUUUGUAGUUAUUUUUCCCUUUGAGUUGUAGAAGUAACACGUUCUUUACAGAAUUAGAAAAAUACAAGCAUAAAGAUAAUCAGUUUUAAUUAAUGAAAAUUUCACAGUUUUGCAUUGAGUUGAGUUUUAUCACUGUGGGGUUAGUAUUCUUGAUCAUCUCUCUAAAUUUAGUAAAACAGUGAAUAUAUCAUAUAAACUGCAGACUUAUCUGCCAAAAAGUAAAUUUUAGUGGUAGUUGACUGAAGUGCAAGUUUGGAGAUUCUAAAAUAUGAGAAGCAAGCGUUCUGUGGUUGAAAGAAAGAGAGGCAGUGGGAGAAGGAGAGGGAGAGAUUAACUUUCCAUCUGCCCUCCACAUGCCCCCCGUAGUAUAGCAGGACCAUGUGACCAUUUCUUGCUGUGAACAGAAGAGAUGAGGCAGAGGAAGAAAAAUAACGUUGAAAUUCUGCAAAGAAUUUCUGCAAAGAAAUUCUGAGGUUAGGCAGAGGUCUCAAGUUUCAUAAUGAAAGUACUAUGAUCUGCAGAGAUAAAAUCUUGUACUUAGACUUUUGACAGUAAAAUUUAAACAGAAAACCUAGUCUUUGCAGUCACAUAAAAUUUGCAUUCUUAUCAGGAAAUUUCAGUGUAGCUUAUAUAUUACAGAUUUUUUUUCACAAAGCAUGAGGGCAGUUAGUCCCCUGUGUGAGACAAAAGGGAGCAGAGCUCUUGAAAUGCAUGAAGUCAGACAUUGGAGGGACAGCUGUGAGCUUCACGGUUCACUGUGUGAUGGGGGGCUAGGAUCACAGGGACCCCAUACUCCAGGUUUUUCAUGUCAGCCAUCUAUACCUUCUGCCCAGCCUGUUUUUUGAUGAGCACAGUGUUCCAAAAUAGUUUGCACUUUAAUGACCUUUCUUCCCAGAUAAACAAAUCUGUGCACUCUAUUUGCAAUUUUGAAACACUGAUUUGUAUUCCCAGAGUGACUGAAACUGAUGAAAUAGGAAGCCACUUCCAUUACAUGUUGGAGUUAAUUUCUACAAGAAUAUACCAUUCUUCCAUGAUGAAUAACAAAACCCAAAUCUUUUUUUUUUUAUCGGUACCAGGGAUCAAACUCACAACUGGCUGCUUGCAAGGCAGGCGCUUAUGCCACUGAGCUAAAUCUCUAGUCCCCAAAACCCAAAUCUUAAAGUUACUGCUUUCUCUCUUCUGAUAAAUCAGUAAGAAAUACUUCAUGUAUUCUUAUCUUUUAAAAUUUUUAUUUUUUGGUUUUUGUUUUUGGUAUCAGGAAUCGAACUCAGGACCUUGUGCUUGCCAGGCAGGCGCUGUGCUGCUGAGCAAUAUCCCCAGUCCCAUUUAUUUAUUUAUUUUUGGUAUCAGGAAUCGAAUUCAGGAUCUUGUGCUUGCCAGGCAGGCACUGUGCUGCUGAGCUAUAUCCCUAGCCCUAUGUAUUUAAUUUUGCUAGGUUGGGCAUGGUGGCACACACCUGUAAUCCCAGCAGUUGGGAGGCUGAGGCAGAAGGAUUGCCGUGAGUUUGAGGCCAGCCUGCACAACAUAGUGAAACCCUGUCUCAAAAAAACAAUGAAAAUUUGAAGUACAUCUGCACAAGGAAGGGUAUCCAAAUGCAUUUUUUAAAUUCUGUGCUGUUUAUCAUUUUCUGUAUUUUUGUCAGAGUUUGGUAUUAGAGUUAUACUGGCCUUAUAAAAUGAGUUGGAAAAUUCCCCUCCUUUAAAUUUUGAAAAAAUUUGUAUGAUGUCAGUAUUAGUUUUUCUUCAGUGUCUGAUAGAAUUCACCAGCGAAAUGUGUGAAUCUUGUGUCCAGGAGUUUUCUUGGUGCCAAGUUUCACUACGAAUUUUCUUGUGAAUUUAAUGUCUUUAUAUAGGAUAAUUCAGGUUUUUUGCUCCAUGUUAUAUGAAUUUUGUAAGUAUUUUUCAAGGAAUUUGCCCAGUUAAUCUGAGUCACAAUUUGUCGAUAAACUUGUUCAGCACGUGUACUUUUUAUCGUUUCAAUGUCUGUAGGAUCUGUGGUGGUGACUCUUCUCCGUCCUGAUGUUGGUAAUAUAUAUCUUCUCUUACUUUUCUUGAUCUGUUUAGCUGUUUGACUUCGCAGAUUUUAACUUCUGUCUUUGUUAAUAACUUAGUUUACUCCGAGCAUUGUUGGGCAGCAAGUUUGUUCACUGAGUAUCCUGAGUGUUUCUUAGACAGUUGUCAUUUCGACCAGUUGAUUCGGUUGUUUUGUUUUUUGAGACAGGAUCUCGCUGUGUAGUUCAGGCUGGCUUUGAACUCACUUUGUAGCACAGGCUGGCCUUGCAUUCACAGCAGUCCUCCUGCCUCAGCCUCCUGAGUGCUGGAGUCACAGGUACGUGCCAGUGUGUUCAGCCACCAACCAGUUGAUUCUCAUAUUGAGUAAAUUUGAUAGAAUUGUUUUUAUAUUUCCUAUUAUAAAAACUAAUGAAAGAUACACAAUUUUUGGUCAUUCUGUGUUUAAAUAAUUGGACUGUUAAGUGAGCGGUUUUCUACUUUAUCUCCUUUUCUCUAUCAUUGAUUAUUUGCUCUUUUUUUACCUCCCCAGUGCUGAAGACAAAACCCAGGGCCUCUCACAUGCUAGUGUACUAGCAGUGCACACCCGAGCCCCCUAGUUUCUUUUACUGAGGUUGAAUUUCUUGUGCUGUUUUCAUAGCUUCUUAAGGUAGCACUUGUGGUCACUGAUUUUAGACUUUUUUUUUCUCAUCUUAUAUAGACUUUGAAUUUCCCUCUCAGGAUAGGGUCAGCAGCCUCAUAGAUUUUGAUAUAUUGAACUUUCAUUAUCAUUUGGCUAACUUUUUAAAAAGGUGGGGGAAGGAUUAAGGGAGGGAAGGAGAAGUGAAUGGAAAAAGAAUUAAGAUGUUUUAUGUACAUGUACCAACUGCCCAUGAUAAACGUCAUCCUGGUGUGGGAAUGUACUGAUAAAAUUUUUAAAGAAAUAUUUCUCUUGUGAUUUCUUUGACUCACAGGAUAUUUCAAAAUGUUAUUUAAUUUCUAAACAUUUGGAAUUUCCCUAUGUAAUGUUAUUAAUCUCUAACUUAAUUCACAGUAUUUACAAAACAGACAGUACAAUUUCAGUCAUUUUAUUGGGGAAGCGGAGGUGACACUGAUGAACUUGUUAAAGUUAGCACAGUAGAAGUCUCAGGAGUGUGGGGCCACCACUUGUCCAAGGGACUGCGAUUCCAGACGUAGUUCACCCCACAGCCAUCAGGGAUGAGGCGCUUCUCAGCCACCAUGUCUUCAAAUUCGUCUGCAUUGAGUCUGAUAAAACUUCACUUCUUGGAGAUGUGCAUCUUCCGGUGGCCAGGGAACUUGAACUUGGCUUCAAUCACAUGUUCCUUAUUCUGCAGCCUGAUAGAGAUGGGCAUGAUGACCUGUCCAGUGUGAACCCUUGCCACUGUACUCUGGAGCUUCCCCAAGGCACCUUGCAUGCCAUCUGGAACCUGGAUUGGAGACCGUAGGAGGUCAGAUACAUAAAUGCCAGCCCUGAAGCAGGAUCUGCAAGGCCUCUUAGGGCAGCCCAUACAAGCCGCAGGCUGUGAACUCCAUCAAGGAGCUUGCUGUUUGCAUCCACUGCACACUGGGAACCCACAGCAGGGCACCCAUUGGCUUCAUUAAUUGUAGGAUUUCAGUCACUUUAAAUUUAUUCAGAUAUGUUUUAUCACUCAGCAUUUAGUCUGUCUUGGUUGACAUACCAUGUGCACUUGAAAGAGCGUAGUGUAAAGUAUAAUGUUCAGGGGCUGGGGAUUUAGCUCAGCGGCAUAAGCGCCUGCCUUGCAAGUGCGCAGUCAUGAGUUCAAUCCCCGGUACCGAUUAAAAAAAAUAAUAAUGUUCUAUAAAAGUGUUUAAGUGUUGCUUAACAAUGGGACUGCAGUCUGAGAACUGCAUCCUUAGGGGACUUUGUCCAUGUGGGAACACUGUGGAGUGUACUUAAGCAAACCUAGAUGCUAAGUUCAGUCGUUCCAUGGAGCCUCUUGAUGCAAUCAAGAGACGUGAUCAGAGGCUGCUGCCAGUUCAGCGUGAUGCACUGCUAAUAAUAAACUUUAAAAAAUACAAGCUGAAGGAACACACUGCAAAACCACAGCUAAAAGAUACAGCAUAGUAAAUGCAUCAAUAACAGCCAUUUAUCAGCAAGUCAAGUAUUAUGUAAACCAGGUGUGGUGGCACACAUCUGUAAUCCCAGCACUCUGGGAAGCUGAGGGAGUAGGAUCACGUGUUUGAGCCCAGCCUGUGUAACUCAGAUGCUGUCUCAAUAAAAAAUAAAGACUAGGAAGAGGGAUGGUGGGAGGAGAAGGAAACAUGAAGUAAAUUAAGAUGUAUUAUGUACAUGUACUAGCUCCCUACAAUGAAUGUUAUCAUUAUGUAGCACAAACAUAGUAAAAAAAAUCAUUUUUUUAAAAGGCUGGGGACAUAGUUUGGCAUGCAAGCCCUGGUUCAAUUCCCAGCACCAAAAAAAGGUACUCUGCAUGAUAAUAACAUUGCUGAACUUCCUAUGAUCAGCAGUGCGAUGGUUUUUUUACACUAGCAUUGCCACAAAUACAUGAAAAGUGUAUUGCACUGUGUGUUAUAAGGGCUACAAUGUCACUAGCUGGUAACUUCAGCUCCUUUAUACUCCCAAGGGACCAGCACUGUCCAAGUGGUUCCUUGUUGACAGAAACAUGGUAAUGGAGGUGCAUGAUGUAUUAAUUUAGGCCAGGGUGAUUGACAGUUUUAUUCUUUUCACCUAAGUCUUUAUUGAUUUUUCAUGAGUUCUAUAAAUUGCUGAGAAGUCACAUUUACAUUACAGAAAUGUUUAUGGAAUACCUAUUUUAAUUCUGUCAUUCGUGUAUCUUAGACUGUGAAUUGACAUGCAAUUACUACUGUAAAGACUUUCUGUAAAUUGAUAGGAAGAAACCAUUCCCUUCAUGUAUCUGAUAAUAUUGUCUUUAAGCUUAUGCUUUCUGUUUAAUAUGUCCAUAUCACAUUUUUUCUCAUAUAUUUACUUCCCACUUUUAUUUUUCAGUUGGGUUUUGUCUUGUGUCUAGAUGUUUCUCCAAAGCCUCAUGAGGUCACAGUGGGACUUUCUGGAGGUGACUGUAUCUGGGACUGUAUCUGGGAUGUGAUGCUGGGAUUAAGGCUGUGAGAGCUACCUGCCCAAAGGAUGAGUAGCCUGGAUGGAGUAUAGGAGGCAGAAAGAAGGCCUGCUGCUGCUGCAGCUGUCAUUAAUGGCUACUUGUUGCCUUCUUGCUGCCCUGCCUGUUAGCUGUUUCUCCCUGUGAUGCCCCUCUGCCAUGCCACCCUGCCUUGGAGCCAGCCGAUUUAUGCACUGAAACCUCUACAAACUGAGCCAAAAUAAACUUUUUUUGCCCUUAA